AGAUCGACUUCCUGUCCAGUCCAGCAGCGAUCGAACCCAAGGACGACAUGGUGGCUCAAGGCCCCCUCCGGCGGUGGAAGCCCUUCCUCCCGGCGUUCUCCUCCAUAGACGCCGCCAUCGUGGCCGCCGAGCCGGGCCUCUCCCGUGUCGAGUUCCGGGACGCGAGGCUCAAGAUCUUGGAGAUGCUCCGCGGGGCGACGGAUGACGAGGUGGCGGAGGAGCUCUGCAUCGUGCUCGAUGGCGUGAUGAUCGAGUCGCUCAGGACGCUCGAGAUGGUGCCGGCGAUGCCGGACAUGCUGCGGUCCACCGAUCUCGCCAAGGACGUCGGUGCUCUGAGGGAUCAUAAGUCGGAGCGAGUCCGUGACCUGGCCACCGGCAUCGUCCGCGGGUGGAGGGCGUCCGUGAAGGACCAGAUCGUCAAGUACGUAGCCGCCAUGAAGAAGGUGUCUCAGGUGCUGGAACCCGACGAGACCGACGACCAUCUUCGUGCCAACAUCCUCGAGCCGUCGCCGCCCAAGAAGACGGCAACCACAUUGGAGCCGUCCUUCCGCAAUAAGCAAAGCACGCCGGUUGCCAAGACGACCAAGAUGGAGCCGCCGCGGGAGAAGCUGCCGGCAGCCGCGGGAAGCUUCCGGCAAGAGACUGUCACCGCUUGCAGCGCCGGCGAGAAGGCCCGCAUUCCCCUCAACGUCGCAAAACGGAAACUCCGCGAAAGCUACCAGGAAGCAGAGGACGCGAAGCGGCAGCGCACAGUCCGGGUGAUCGAGGCGCCGGACAUGGCGAAGCAGAGGCGGAGGAAGAUGCAUCCCAUCCUUGGGGAGAGAACCCAAUCGAGAUGCUCAUCCUCUAGUAUCACGAGGUCGUUUUCGCGUCGUUGAGUUUAGGGUUCUUUCUUCCUCAACUGUUAAAAGAUGUACCGCAACUAUGAUCUGAUGAUCGUACC